AGUUCUCGUAAUACCAGUAUGACACAGUACACAAUGAACGAUCCACUGGAGGAGGCAAUGCAGCGCGCUUCAGGCUGCGGAUCUGUCAACGCAGCGAUGCUGCCUCCAAUGGGAGUUGAGCGUGAGAUUACUGACCGGCCUAAGGAUACUGCCAGUGUCGCGGUGGUUCGUUGCCUGGCUUUUGGGCCUCCAGUUUUCAAAACAUCACCACCUUCACCGGCUUUAAACCCUUCUCUCACAAGUCCUGGCCUCUCUACCAAUCCCGUUUCUCAGUCUUCGUCAAUGGAUCCGCUAGGUUCAUUCUUCGUCGGAACGUCUGGGGGUAUUGUAAUGGCUUACAGUCUUUUCAUUGCCAGCCGGUCCAUUGAACUUGCCGCCUCUGGGUCUGGAACCGCCUCUGCUGCGAAACAGUUGCCUUCAUCACCAUCGGCGCCUGACAGUCUCCUAAUAACAUCUCCUCAUCUGGCUGUAAAACCGGCAAAAGAGUUAAUUCUACAUCACCGGGCUCCAGUAAUAAGCCUACGAUUGAUUGACACGCGUACAUAUGACCCACUCCCCAUCAACGGUGUGUGCAUUUACCCGGACUCCUUUAUCCUUAGAUCAAAGAUCUAUUACUUUUCGUCCUCAUAUAUUUCAUCCGACUCGAUUAUUCAUAUGUGUUCAGGUAUUUUGAUGACUCACCAUCCAAGUGUGUGCUCUGCUGGCCACGGCAACCAUGCUUCUUCUGUGCCACCUCACCUUCUGGUUCUUAGUGAGGAGCAAGUGCGCCUCUUCAGUCUGCCUGGUCUCAAUCUCCGUCAAAAAGCACGCAUCACUGCCAAAGAUGGUUAUCGCAUCAAGACUGGCGCUUUAGUGGGUUUUCUGCGCGUCUCUUUGGAUGCUACAGCUACAGAAAACUCAUCCUUUGUCUAA